CUUCAUCACUAGCUGCUUCUUUGAAAAGUAUUUUUUUAACCACGAUAAUUCAUUGAAGAGUCUUUAACUAGAGGGAUGGAUUUCCACUUCAUAUUUUUACUUGGGCUAACCAUUUGGGGAUAUCAAGGGUUGGAGCAAGCAGCCGCUUGUAGCGUGCUUCCAGGUGGUUUUCCCAAGUGUUUCCAGGUAGAAGAGGACAGUAGCUCAAACCAUGAGAGGAAAGUGAGGGAGAUAGAUUACAGAACACAUGGCCAGAACAUGAUGUAUGGAUACAAGGUGAACCCAGAUAAGGCGGAUGAUGUGAGGCUGGGGGAGCAAUGGCAGGAGAGAAUCGGUUAUGUUUAUGAUGUCGUUAUGUGUCAGAGAGAUUUGUCAGAAGACGCUUACAAACCAGAAAUAUGAGACGAAGAUGUACGACUACAGAAGAGGGAAAACCGUACCUUUCAAUGUGAUAGGAGAAGCGCCAGUCACUAGUUUGUUCGUUAUAACCAACAAGGAGGUGUGGCAGUGCACUGUUAAGGCACAACGACCAGGCUAUGAGAGUUAUCAAUGCACGAGAGUAGUGACAGAACUGGUGAGCAAGGAAAUAAUUGGACAAUUGUAUUUUUUUGAUGGCACAGAAGUGGUCACUAUACCAAUUCCUAGCACAGGUGAACAAAAGCCCAAUACCGCUGUUGUCAAAGAAAUCAAGUAUCUCCAUCCUGAGACUAAUGCUGUUUUGAAAUAUGAUGGCUACUUAGAGUUCUUUGAGCCAGAGGACUCCCCACAUCAAGGCGUUUUUGAACGUCUUGGGAGAGAGCGUGUACCAGGUGAAGGCGAAGUAGAGGAUUAUCAGAGAGAUGUCUUCUAUAGAACUGAAGUUCCCGAAUCUUUCCACAUCAAUCAUCAUAAUCCUGAGGAUGGACAUAUUUUCACUGACGAUCAAAAACCUUAUGGAGGAAUUGGGAGUGUUGAGGACAGAGCUAUGUGA